CUGUCUGGCGGGGACGCAUAAAUACAUCUGUCCGCCUCACUGGCCGGUAGUUUAAAGAAGAAGCCGGGACAGUACGGGACGCGUACAGGAAAUAGCCGUUCACCUGCAAUACGGAUCCGUGAAGCACUCCAGGCGCGCCGUAUCGUUUAAGGAUUAUAAAUUAUUGGGCUUUUACUACUGGCUCCCCGUAACGUUUCGUAGAUACAAUGAAUAGCUGCGCCCGGGCUCUCCUGUCGCUCUGCUCGGUCCUCUGCUUGGCCGGGACGUCGUCUUCAGAAACCGUAAAUCUUCCUAAGGCUGUAGAUAUUACUUGGUCGUCUAUUAACUUUAAAACAAUACUGGAGUGGAACCCUAAACCGUCAAAUUAUACGUACACAGUUGAAGUCAGUAGCCCCCUAUCAAAUUGGAUGAAGAAAUGUCAGUAUGUUAAUGACACAGAAUGUGAUGUUACAAGCUUGCUGAAGGAUGUGAACCGAACAUACACGGCUCGGGUCAUUUCUGAAGUGCGGGCCACUGACAACAUUGAGGAGUUCCCGUAUUCUCAAAGCCCUGAGUUUACACCUUAUGAGCAGACAAUCCUUGGAAAGCCAGUCAUUGAAAGUUUUGAUUUGAAGAAGGACAGUGGGAAGCUGCAUGUUCUCAUUAAAGAUGCUUUGACUCCAUAUAGAUUUGGCAACCAGAGUUUCAUGACCGUUCGGGAUAUAUUUAAGAAUGACUUUGUCUACACCGUAUUUUAUAGGAAAGCCUCUAGCUCUGGCAAGAAGCAAGAGUCCUCACCAUCCAAUGAAAUUGUUGUUAAUGUGGAGAAAGGGGAGAGCUACUGUUUUUUUGUGAAGGCGACUAUCCCAUCGCGCAAAACGAACCGCGAUAGUCAGGACUCCGAUGAGAAGUGCACAGAGUCUGGCGGGAAUAAUGAGUUUGAUCUUACUAUAUUGGUUGCUGUAAUUACAUCUGUGGUCCUUAUCGUCGUUAUCGUUGUCCUGUCUGUGAUCAUUUGCAAAUGCCGAAAAGCAAAAAAUGAGAAGACAAAGGAGGCCAAACCACUGAACAGCGCCUACCUUCUGCAAUCGGUGACAACGCAGUGACCCAACUCGCCAGCAAGGCUCUGAACAGUGCACUGCGCUCCAGAGCUGGAAAGCAAUUCAUUUUGUUUCUGUGAAACAUAUGCAUCCAGGAUACAUUUUUAUUUAUACUUUUUUGUAGAAUCUUAAUUCUACAGAGAAUUACUGAUUAUAAAUGGUUGUAUUUUUGUCCAACCAGGUUAUGAAUUUGUUUAUGUAUAUGUAUAUGUUAUAGAGAAUUUUUUUUUAAAUCUA